AUGGCCAUGCUUCUGAUCUAUGCAGCCAUAACAGCAUCAUUGUUCUGCUUCCUAUACUUGUUUCAUCGUAGAAGAAGCUGCAAACACCCUCUCAUGAGGGACUACCCCAUCCUUGGCAUGUUACCACCAAUCCUCUUCAACUUGUGGCGAAUCCAUGAUUUUUGCACCGAGGUACUGAAAAAACAAGGUGGCACUGGGGAAUUCAAAGGGCCAUGGUUCACCAAAAUGCACUAUUUGAUCACUUGUGACUCCCUCAACGUGCAACACAUGCUCUGCAAGAGCUUUGACAACUACAUCAAGGGACCCGAGUUUCGCGAGAUUUUCGAACCCUUCGGAGAUGGGGUUGUCACUGCCGAUUCAGAGACAUGGAAGUACUUCAGAACCGUCCUCCAUUCCUUGAUCAAACAAAGAAGGUUCGAAACGUUCGUCGAUAAAACCGUUCAGAAGAAGGUGCACACAAGCCUUCUUCCGAUAUUGGAUCAUGUACAACAGCAAGGGGAGAUGGUGGAUCUUCAAGAUGUCUUCAACCGGUUCACGUUUGAUAACAUAUGCUCCACAAUCGUAGGACAUGAUCCUAAGUGUCUUUCCAUUGAUUUCCCGGAAGUUGCAAUCGAGAGGGCUUUCAAUGAGUCCGAAGAGUCGAUAUUCUACAGACACACGGUGCCAAGCAGUGUGUGGAAGUUUCAGAAAUGGCUCCAAAUUGGACAAGAGAAGAAGAUGACAGAAGCAUGCAAAACCUUUGAUGAAUUCAUAUACUCAUGCAUAGCGUCCAAGCGACAAGAGUUAAGCAAGUGCAGUAGAGAAGAAAUGGAUAAUGAAGCUCCCUUUGACUUGCUUACAGCUUUGAUUACUGAAGAGAGAGGGCGUGUGCAUGAUGACAAGUUUCUAAGGGAUGCUGCGUUUAACUUUUUUGUGGCGGGGAGAGAAACCAUGACUUCAGCUCUCACGUGGUUCUUUUGGCUUGUUACUAAACACCCUUUGGUGGAAGCCAAGAUUCUGGAAGAGAUAAAAGAUAAUUUUGAGGCUAAUUAUGAAGGGGUUGUAGGAAUUGAGGAGGUAAAAAAGCUAGUUUAUCUGCAUGGUGCAUUGUGUGAAGCAUUGAGGCUCUUUCCUCCUGUGCCUAUUGAGCGGAAGCAGGCAAUUAAAGAUGACACACUUCCAAGUGGUCACCGUGUGAAUGGAAACACAAUGAUAUUGUUUUCUUUGUAUGCAAUGGGAAGGUGUGAAGAGAUAUGGGGGAAAGAUUGCUUGGAGUUCAAGCCAGAGAGAUGGAUAUCUGAGAGGGGAGAGGUUGUUUAUGCACCAGCUUACAAAUUCAUUGCUUUUAAUGCUGGACCCAGAAUCUGCUUGGGAAAGGACUUGGCCUUUGUUCAGAUGAAGAUGGUGGCAGCUUCUAUUUUGCGAAAGUAUCGAUUCCAGGUGGUGGAAGGGCAUUCUCCUACUCCAAGCCACUCCAUUGUUCUUCUCAUGAAGAAUGGUCUGAAGGCUAGGAUUAUGAAAAGAUUAUAA